UUGUCAGAUUGCAUAAUAAAUACAAGAGAAAGAAUUUGACAAUUUAAUACGUUAGCUCUGGUCUCUCAUGAGCUGACACACUUCUCCAUCAGCAUCACACCCCUCUCAUUUCUUGUAUUAUAAUAUUCAAGUUAGGAGAGCAAAAGGCUGAGAGGGUCAAUAAAUUGGCAGAUAAAUGCUUUCCCAUCCCUACCAUCUCCAUCUUCCGACACUCUCCCAAUAAGAUGGAAAUGCCAUUUUGGAUGAAAUCUGAAUAUCUGUAUAUAUAUAUAUAUAUAUUAGCGAAUAAAAAUAAAGCCCUGGUUGAUUAUGGUUCUCUCUUUCCCAUAGAAAGAGAAAAUACUUGAGAAGGAGAAAAAAAAGAAAAAGUGAAAAAAGCCACUGGCUUUCUCCUUUACACACAAAGUGUUAAAAAAAUAAAAAAUAAAUAAAAACCCUACAUCCUUAGCUGUUAUCUUUGGUCCCCAUAAUGCUCAAAAACCCAUAAUCCUUUGUCUGCCUUUCCUACCCCACCACACCACCCCACCCCCCCCCUCCCUCGCUCGCUCACAUAAAGUUACCAGAGUCUCCUUUCUAUAACAAUCAGAAAAAAAUAAUAGAGAGAGAAAGAGAGAUCAGAGAGGGGGAAAAAAAAAGCAGAGAGAGAGAGUUUUUUUCUUUUUUCUUUUUUCUUUUUUUUUUUUGUUUUUUGUUUUUUGUUUUUUGUUUUUUCAUUUUUGGUAGUGAAAACUAAGAAAUGAAGAUCCGGUGUGACGUGUGUGAUAAAGAAGAAGCUUCAGUAUUUUGCUGUGCUGAUGAAGCAGCUCUUUGCAAUGGUUGUGAUCAACGUGUCCACCAUGCAAACAAGCUUGCUAGCAAACACUCUCGUUUCUCUCUUCUCCACCCAACUUUCAAACAAUCACCUCUCUGUGACAUCUGUCAGGAAAGAAGGGCAUUCCUCUUUUGUCAAGAAGAUAGAGCAAUUCUAUGCAGAGAAUGUGACUUUCCAAUUCACAAAGCCAAUGAACACACACAGAAACACAACAGGUUUCUUCUCACAGGUGUUAAGCUUUCUGCUACUUCUUCUCUCUACUCUGCCUCCUCAUCAUCAUCAUCAUCUGAAGCACCAGUCUUCAACACAAGUAGUUCACCCUCGUCCACGAAGAGACACAAAAUGGUUUCUAAUAGUGAAAUUCUAAGCUCUCCAUCGACUGAGAAAACAGUAAUUCAAUUAUCUGCUAGUAGUGAAAAUGGGUCAUAUUCAACAAGUAGCAUAUCUGAGUAUUUGAUGGAAACGCUUCCUGGGUGGCAAGUGGAUGAUUUCCUGGAUCCUUCAUUUGCUUCUAAUGGUUUCUGUAAGACUGAUUAUGUUAUUUCAUCAGAAGAUUUGGCAUUAUGGGUACCUCAAGUUGAUGUUUUUGAUACAGCAAAUAACCAAGAAAAGACAUAUCAUCAUAUGGUGCUCAAACCAAAUUGGGAUGAGAAUUCUUUCAUUGUUCCUCAAAUUAGCCCUCCAUCUUUCAAGAAAACUAAGCAUUUUCAGUAGAGAAACUAAUGAUUUUUACUGUUUGUGUUUUAACUUUUCAGCAAAUUAAUACUCUGUUUGUUGUACCAUUUCUGGUAUCAGGUAGCGAGGGACUGAUUUGUUAUUUGAGGCCAAAAAAAAAAACAAAAGGUUGUAAUAUAUAGGUCUUCGUUUUGGAAGUAAUUAAAAUUGUGGACUAAUUUUCAGA